UGCGAAUGAACGAAAAAGUGUCGAGAGUGCAAGCAACGCGACAAAGCUGUAGUAAUGUGCUUCUGCUAGUUAUCUCUUAAUCUCGAAAAAAUGGGAAGUUGAUAAAUAGCACAUUAAUUUUUGCCACGUGACUAUAUACAAAAACUAACGUGUAUCUGAUUUCUUGUGCGUGUCAAUAAAAUGAUUUCCGUCUACCGGACGUCGGAAUCCAUGAAAUAAACUGUCGUCUGCCGCAACAUAACCUUUCCUAUUCUGGAAAGCACGCGUAAACAAUUGGAAGACGUAUAACUUAUUAGCUGCUUGCCUCAGUAAGAGCAUUGCACAAUGUCUGAGAACAACGAGACAGCCACAGAGAAAGAAGUGGUCGUUGAAGACCCAAAUGCUGUUUCGGAAGAAGACAAGCAAUAUUUAUCAGAUUAUGUGAAGGAGACAGAGCAAAGGCUGGCGACAAAGGAGGAGAUUCGUGCAGCUAAUCUGAAUCCCACGAGACCAUCUGACACAUCCUUUAGUAAAUUGGACUCAAGCCUCAAGAGAAACACCACAUUUGUGAAGAAAUUAAAGAAUUUCAGUAUGACACAGCUUGAUACCGUUCUGAAGGACAUGGCAAAUUUAAACUUGACUAAAUAUGUGAGUGAAGUUGCCACAGCUUUGGUAGAUGCCAAAAUAAAAAUGAAUGACGUUGCACCUGCCAUCAGAGUGUGCAGCUUUCUUCAUCAAACAUAUGCCGAGUUCUCCACUCAUUUCUUCGAAAAUUGGCAAAGGAUACUGUCGUUGAAAAUCGGUGACAAGAUCGCGAAUCCCAGCAAGCUGAGAGUGGACCUUCGAUUCUAUGCAGAACUGGUAAAUGCAGGUAUCUUCACGCACAAGCAAGGGCUUCCACUGCUAGGCUCUGUGUUGACGGUCUUGAUCAAUAUGGACAAGGAGGAACACAACAACGCCAGCAUAAUAUUAAGCUUCUGCCGACAUUGCGGCGAGGAUUACGCCGGUUUGGUACCUAAGAAAGUUCGAGAGUUAUCUGAGAAAUUGAGCGUCACGAUUCCCAAGAGCAAGCUGUUGUCGCCCGACAAGCAGCAAAAUGUUAAACUAUUGCUGCGGGACUACUAUAAUUCUUUAUGCAAGCACUUGUUGAAGGAACAUAAGGAUCUGCAAGCAUUUGAGAAGCAAAAUCGUAAAAUUCUGCAGACCAGAGGCGAAUUGAGCUUAGAAAGGAAAGAAAAGCUUGAAGCCUUACAAGUAUCUUAUGAACGUUUACUAAAUAGCGUGCAAAGCUUCUCAGAUACUUUGGACGAGCCAAUGCCUGAGCUUCCCGUGGACAGCGAAAUGAAAGCCGAAGCGGAAGAAACGCUGAAGAUGAUCAACGAAGGAGAGGACAGUAACAUGCUGGAGGAUAUGUGGGGAGAUGAAGAGACGAGGCGCUUCUACGAGGUUUUGCCGGAUCUGACCGUGUUCCUACCGGGUUCAUAUUUGAAAGAAUCACCGAAAGCGGACGUGCCGAUAACGGAGGACGCCUUAGACGACGAGAUAGUGUUCGACGAGUUGGAAGAGACCGAGAAAGUAGAAGAACCGGAUACAGAGGUAGAGGAGCCACAAGUUUCGAACAUCAGCAAUAAGAUAAUGCUGGAUGCUUUCUUGACACAUUUGCCGAAUUGCGUGAAUCGCGAGAUGAUCGACAAUGCCGCGGUACACUUCUUAAUGAAUCUUAACACGAAGCACAACAAGAAGAAGCUGGUGAAAGCUCUUUUUGGCGUUUCUAGAAUUCGCCUGGACCUUCUGCCCUUCUACUCUCGCUUAGCCGCCAUUCUUUACUCGGUGAUGCCCGACGUCGGGAACGACCUAUGCCAAAUGCUCAAACAAGACUUUAAGUAUCACGUGCGCAAGAAGGACCAGAUCAACAUCGAGUCGAAGAUCAAAGUAGUCCGUUACAUCGGCGAACUCGUGAAAUUCAAGCUCUACACCAAAAUAGAGGCGCUCUACUGUCUUAAGGUGUUGCUACACGACUUCACGCACCACCACAUCGAAAUGGCCUGCAAUCUGCUAGAGAUUUGUGGCAGAUAUCUCUUUUGCUCGCCGGAUUCUCACCAAAGGACCAAGGUCUACCUAGAGCAAAUGAUGCGCAAAAAGGCAGUUACUGCUCUUGAUUCUCGCUACGUCACGAUAAUAGAGAACGCAUACUACUUCGUGAACCCGCCCGAGUCCACUGGCGGCAUUUCGAGGAAAGACAGACCACCAGUGCACGAAUUCAUAAGGAAGCUCUUGUAUCAAGACCUCUCGAAGACGAACACCGAUAAAGUACUCAGGUGGAUGCGCAAACUUGAUUGGGAGGACGAGAGCGUGUCAUCCUAUGCCAUUAAGUGUCUCACUGCCGCUUACAACGUCAAGUAUCUCAACAUUCGCUGCGUGGGAAGUCUGUUAGCCGGCCUGGUGGGCCAUUAUGAGACUAUAGGGCCGCACGUAGUCGACGGGGUGCUCGAGGAUAUUCGCCUGUGCAUGGAGGUGAACCUGCCCAAGUUCAAUCAACGACGCAUCGCCAUGGUGAAGUAUCUGGGCGAAUUGUAUAAUUAUCGAAUGGUGGAAAGCGGCGAUAUUUUCCGCACGUUAUAUCUCCUGAUCACUUUUGGCGUCAGCAUGGAUCACUCAGUGCAGAGCAUACUAGAUCCGCCCGAACACCUCUUUCGUAUUCGAUUAGUAUGCACUUUGCUGGAGACUUGCGGCCAAUACUUCAACGGCGGUUCCAGCAAGAAGAAGCUGGACUACUUUCUGGUAUUCUUCCAGAACUACUACUGGUUUAAGUACACGGACCCCGUCUGGACAACCGAGAAUCCGUUCCCCGUCGGGAUAGAUUAUAUGUAUCGCGACACCCUGACAAUGCUGCGACCUAAGAUGCAGCUGUUCCAGAGUUACAAGGAGGCCCAAUGCGCUGUGGACGAAUUGAGAAGCACUCUCUAUCCAACACUGGGUAAUCCCACCGUCGACGACGCGACGGUAGACCGGGCAGAUGGUGAGAACGACAUGGGCGUUAUCAUGGAGGUGGACGAGGAGGCGGCAGUGACCGGAAACGGCAGCGGAGACGCGAAAGGGAUUGCCGAGCUACAUUUCGAAGAGUCUGAGGAUUGUUCCGAAGCGCAGUCCGAGGAAGAAUGGACGGCCGACGCGGAGCGAGACGACGCCAUGGGUACCCAAGAGAACACUCAAGGCGACCAAAGUCUGUCAGAAGGCGGCACUGAGGGUGUAAUCAUGGAUGUAACGGAGCUCAAUGCAGCCUUGCCAGCUGGACCACGACGAGUGAGCUGUCCGGAGGAUGACGACUUUCUAUCGGCGUUAGAUAAGAUGGUAUCAGAUAACAUUCAAGAUCGUAUGAGAGACUCGGUGAAACCACAGCAAGUCGAUAUCUCGGUGCCAUUGCAUGUGAAAAGCACUAAAAAAACAUACGAGCAGUUACAAGAGAGGCCGAGUGACAACACCACGGUAGACUUUGUGCUGAUGUUGAGGAAGGGUAAUAAACAGCAAUACAAGAAUCUAGCGGUGCCGGUGUCGUCCGAGUUGGCUAUGAAUCUCAGGAAUCGCGAACAGGAGCAGAAGGAGGAAAAGGAACGCGUGAAGAGACUGACUUUAAAUAUCACCGAAAGACAAGAGGAGGAGGACUAUCAGGAAACCAUCAAUCAAGGCACAAGACCAGUUACUGUGAACUUGAACAGGGAACGACGGCAAAAGUAUAAUCAUCCUAAAGGAGCUCCUGAUGCCGACCUUAUUUUCGGUCCAAAGAAAAUUCGAUAAGUUCGAUUAGUAAUUCUAAAAAUCAAAUAGUUAUACUCUGAGGAACGUGUGUGUAAUGCAUGAGACAUCGAACUCGCCAACGUUUGACUACAGUUUGUUCUUAUGUUUUUUACUACGCCAUAAAUUUUUUCGAAAACGGACAUCGUGAAAUGUAUCACAAUUAAGUAAUACUAAUGUAUCAUAUAUGUACAGAUAAUUUGAUUUAGUGCAUUUAAGCGUAAUUGAAAAAAUAUUUGUCACGAGUAAAACUCUCUUGAAUAUCGCAAAUAAAAUAUAUUGCUCUGAUCUUUUCUUUCUCUCGAAAUGUAUAAGUGUGAAAGAAAGAUCGAUCAAAUAGGGACUUUUCUGUUACAACGCACUGCCGAUUUUAAAUUACGCGUUAAAUCCAUUCAAGCUUUGUUGUAUCGUAUGCAUUUUGAAUUCAUAAUAAUUAUAAAUUAGUCACGUUAACGUCUAUACCAUGAAUUAAUGUCUACAAUAACUCUAGUGUAAUGAAGUAUUGUUAAAUUAGGAUUUUUCAUAGACAAAUUUAUCAUUUAAUGUUAUUCAAUAUUAUAUGACCAAUUUAUACCCGCUCAAUUUAUUUGUAUUUCAUCACUUUUUCAAUCAAUUCUGCAUUUCAUCAAUU